UUCCAAGGUCAUUCCGGUCACGCGAUUCUGACGUGCGUAGUCGGCACUCCCACAGAUUCAAAUAUUGUCAAGGUUGGUGGACCACGUGGCAAAUGGCGUCAUGAGGUUAAAUCCACUCGACACACACAGUUCAACUUCGAGCUGGCCGACGGGAACAUUUUGUCAACAUGGAUGCACCAGCCCCGCCGCCUGACCAUCACAAAUCAGCAGCCACCGGUCAAUGACAGUUGUGUACAAAUGGAUCUUAUUGAUCGACAAUCAAGAGGACAACAAAAUGUUCGAUUGUGGUUCGAUCAUGACCGUAAUUUGUACAAGUGUCAAUUUCAGUCGAUCGAUAAUGGACAACCGGCAACUGCAUGUGAUUCACUCGAUCAAAAGUCAGUACGUCGAUCGAUAACAAAUCUACGCGAUUUUCAACUUCAAACGACACAAGAACUUCAUGAUAAAUGUCGAGAACUCACAGGGGAAAAGCGUACGGGACGAUCAAGGCGACAGAAACGCAGCAAUCCGUUUAUUAUGCCCGGGACCAGGUGGUGCGGGAGAGGUAAUGCGGCCACACGGGAACAGAUGUUUGGCGAUGAGAUCGAGGUGGACAUGUGCUGUUUCGAACAUGACAGUUGUUCCGAGAACAUCCCCAGUUUGGCUAGAAAGUACGGACAUUACAACACUUCUCCGGUCACCUUGUCUCUUUGUGAAUGUGACGAUCGAUUUCUAGAAUGUCUGGAGAAUGCGGGAACAUAUGCCGCAAAUCGAGUGGGUAACAUCUAUUUCAAUUUGUUCAAAAUCCCUUGUUUCCGUCGGGUGAAUCGAACUGUGUGCGCCGAGAAAUCCGAUCGCACUGGGGAAUGUAUUCGUCGUGUGACACGCAGUACCAUUGAACUGUAUCAGUCCCAGACGUACACAUCUGUCUACGAGCUCUGA